AAUUUAUUAAUUACGAUCAUAUUUCCUUAAUCUCUCACUACGAUGUAUAGUUUGAAAGAUAAAGUUGCAAUCGUUACAGGUGGGGCUUGCGGUAUAGGUGCAGCUGUUGUUAAAGAAUUUCUCCAAGAAGGCGUGAAGCACGUUGCAAUAUUGGAUGUCGAGGAAGAGGCAGGUUACUCAAUGGAAAAACAAAUGACAACAUUCUUUGGCAAAGAAAAAGUAAAAUUCAUAAAAUGUGAUGUAACAAUUGAUGAACAGUUAUUAACUGCGUAUCAAAAUACAACUUCGGAUUAUGGAUACAUAGAUAUCGUUGUCAACAAUGCAGGAGUAGCUGAUGACAGACUACAUAUGUUUAAAAGGACAAUUGAUAUUAACUUUACAGCAUUAACAGCUAGCACUUUGAAGGCUCUUGAACUGAUGCGUGAAGAUAAAGAUGGUCAUGGUGGUACAAUUAUCAAUGUAUCAUCAAUCGCUGCUUUGUUACUGGUGGCACCAUCUUUAUUCAUUUAUGCAGCCACUAAAGCUGCUGUUCUCCAUUUAACUUGUAGUAUCGGUAAAGAAGCCUAUUUCGCAAAUACAAAUGUAAGGACAAUUGCAGUAUGUUUUGGUUGCACAGUAUCUGAAAUUCAUAAGAGGUUGGGCAGUUUUGAUGACAAUAUAGAAAAAAUUACGAAAAUGUUUACCGAAAUAAUGCCUCCUCAACCAGCCGAAGCAGCAGCGAUUGGGAUCGUAGAAGCGUAUAAAAACGGUCAAAGUGGAAGUGCGUGGCUCGUAAGAAAUAGCAAACCAGCAUUAGAUAUAACAUCAAAAAUAAAUACGGCCUACGAUAUUUUGUCCGAAAAUAUUUUCGAUUAAAACUUAUGUUUAUGUUAUGCAACAAUAUAUUUAAUUCGUAUUCGAGGGCUUAUAAAAUAUAAGAACAUUAUAUUUACAAACUUAUAUAGUUUUUAUUAUAAUAUUUUAUUUUACAACCCGUUAUUUUUAACAACACCAUUAUUCGAUAUA